AGGUAGUUGAGAAGAAGAGUAGUGCAACAACCUCGAAGCUAGUUCAAACUAGUGGGAGGUUGUCUGCCAAAAAGCAGCCAACACUCAAUUAAAUGGCUCGUGGUAAGGUUCAAAUGAAGAGGAUAGAGAACCCCGUUCAUCGACAGGUCACUUUCAGCAAACGCCGAGCAGGCCUUCUUAAGAAGGCGAAGGAGCUGUCCGUUUUGUGCGAUGCUGAAAUUGGUCUUUUCAUUUUCUCCGCUCAUGGAAAGCUCUAUGAACUCGCUACUAAAGGAAGCAUGCAAGGACUGAUUGAGAGGUACCUCAAGUCAACCAAGGGAGUUGGGGUGGCUGAGGUAGCCAAAGAUACACAAGCUCUGGACCCAAAAGAGGAGAUCAACAUGCUGAAGAAUGAGAUUGACGUACUCCAGAAAGGCUUAAGCUACAUGUAUGGGGGAGGCGCUGGAACAAUGACACUGGAUGAACUGCAUUCACUUGAAAAGUACCUAGAAAUUUGGAUGUAUCAUAUUCGUUCAGCAAAGAUGGAUAUUAUGUUUCAAGAGAUCCAACUGCUGAAGAAUAAGGAAGGGAUACUGGAAGCUGCAAACAAAUAUUUACAGGAUAAGAUAGAUGAGCAAUACACCGUGACUAACAUGACACAGAAUUUGACUGACUUUCAAUGCCCACUAACUGUACAAAAUGAGAUAUUCCAGUUCUAACAUAUGCUCACUACAUAAGCUAUUCUUAUUGUGAAGCAUCUACGUAAUUUGGUAAGAAGAUGUAAUAAUGAUGAUUGAGUAAUUUCACUUUGGAGACAUGAACAUAUAAGUAUGUUAUUAUGUUCAAUUUAGGUAAUAUGUUUAGUGUGUGAGCCUCUUUAGUGUA